GCCACUCUUUGAUUUUUUAGGCCUGCCGUGAAUCACUCGCCUUCCUCUCAUUAAUUUGCAUUUUCAUUGUACGUUCUUAUUUAAAUUGCGAGGAGUCAAGUUGAAGAACAAAAAUUUCAGGUAAAAUUAAAAAGGAAGAAGAAAUUCAAUCCAAGGAGGAAGAGAAGAAGAUGUUGGACUCGAGAGGUGGAGUUUUGCCGCUCACUUCGCUGAAUCACAUCUCUCUAGUCUGCAGGUCCAUCGAGAAAUCGCUUGAUUUCUAUCAGAAUGUUCUUGGUUUUGUUCCCGUGAGGAGGCCCGGGUCCUUCGAUUUUGAUGGCGCAUGGUUGUUUAAUUAUGGAAUUGGCAUACAUUUGCUGCAAUCAGAUGACCCCGAGGGCAUGACGAAGAAGACCGAGAUUAAUCCCAAGGAUAAUCACAUCUCCUUUCAGUGCGAUAGCAUGGCGUCGGUAGAAAAGAAGCUGAAGGAGAUGGAGAUAGAGUGCAUCAAGCGACGAGUCGAGGAGGGAGGAGUCUACGUCGACCAGCUCUUCUUCCACGACCCCGACGGGUUCAUGAUCGAGAUCUGCAACUGCGACAACCUCCCGGUGAUCCCCCUCGGCGUCGGGGAGCCAGUCGGGCUGUGCAAGAGAGUGGGCCUCAUUAAGCAGCAGCAGGGACAAACCCAGUCCCAGGCCAGGAAGACGGUGCAGUGCCACUCGGGCCCAGCCAUUAUAGUGAGUGAGGAUUCUCACAUCUCUUGUGCUUGAUUAGUAGCAGAGAGAUUAAGAGAUUGUAUGGUCUUAUUAUGGGCUUAUAUAGUUGAUGAAUAAGAGAAGAGUACUGUGAAGGGUACUGAUGAAGACUUUUGUUACUUUUCAAUUGUUUUGUGGGUGUGGAGACGGUAGUGGCGCUUGUCCAUACGUAUUUGGAUCCUCUCCACUACAAUAAAGUACUAAAGAGACCACUACUUUUAAUCUUAA